CGGUAUCAUUUUUCUAUUUUCCCUCGGACCAAAAACAAACAUUUUUUUUUUUUUUAAUUCACUAUGGCUGGUCGUUAUGGUCGUUCAUUUUACCGUUUUUCUUCCGUUAACCGCCCCCUCGCCCCCGGCGGCAACACUUCAGCUCAAGACUCGGCUCAAUAUGACGGCCGCCAAUAUCCUUCCGCCACCCGAGACUCGUCGGUGGAGCCCCGGGCUCGCUCGCCGCCGUUCUCCCCGAGGAGAGAGUCCUAUCCAGCUUCACCGACGUAUUCUGUCAAGAAAGCCGCUUCGCCGCCUUCUUCUCCGCCAUACCGAGCCCCGGCAGCACGUACCGUCAGCUCGCCGCCGAGGCUUGUUGACGAAUACCCUAAGUACAAGCCAACUACUCAACCCAGGUCACCUGAGGCGGAUCAGAAACCGGUGAUCUACAAGGCAAUAGAGAAGGCGACGACGAAAUCAGACCGUUAUCCCGAGACGGGUAAAACGACGUCGUCCCAGAAGCAGCAACAGCAGAAGCCAAACGCAAUAAACAUCUCGGGAGAGAAUCUGGGCGCCGUAAUGGAAAUCGUGCAGUCCCCAAAACGUGAAGGGGGACAUAUCAUCAGAAAAAAGGAGAGCAGAGGAUCAACAUUACACAGUAAUGAUCAAAACAACGAACAUUCUAAAGACCAAAAGGGAAAGGAAGCAACUUCUUCUUCUUCUUCUUCUUCACUGCCGGCCAACACUUUUUUGAACAGCAAUUUCCAGAGCGUCAAUAAUUCCCUUCUGUACAAUGCGUCUCUGGCCCACCGUGACCCUGGUCUGCACCUCGCCUUCGCCCGGAACCCGGCCGGCGACCGGUUCGCCGCUGAUGACAAGAAGCACCACCCCAAAUACUAGACCGUACAAAAAAGAGAGAGAUGAUGCUGGAGAAUAAAAGGAAAAACAAGGAUAUGAGAAAUAUAUAAUAUUAUAAAUAUGUGAGAAUAAAAUGGUAUUUCCGACAAAAAUAUUUUCCAUUAAUUUAUGUACGUUGAAUAAAAUAAACUUGGAUUUUCUAUUGCGUUUGGUUUUUA